CUUACAGUAUACUAAUACAAAAUGACACAGAUUUCCACAGCUAUUUCGGAUUUUGUUUUGAGUGUUGUAUCAUUUUACUGUGCUGGUGUUUUAUCGCGACGUUAUAUUUAUGCAGCAAUUGGGAUGUCGAUCAUAGGAUUUGCUGCAGGAGUUGGGACAAUAAGAUUUUUUAAUAUUGUAUCAAUACAGCAUCAAAAUUCUGUCGUUUCUCUACAUAUGAAACUGUCUUGGUUUGCAGCCAUUAUAGGAAUCCCAUUAAUAGCAGCAUCAUUUUCAAUCAAGUACAGAUCAAGCUAUGGUUCUGAACUUCACAUUGUUAGUGGUAUAGCAGGGAUUAUUUUUUCAAUUCUCUUGCCAAGAUCCAAAAAUGCAUGUACACAUUUUGCAUCAACAUUAGCAAUACUUAGCAUUUUAUUUCAAAGUUUUCAUGCUAAGAAUGUACUGGGUAUGGCAGGAAGUGUUUUGUAUACAGUGGCAAGCAUAGUUGUUGGUACAUCUGGACAUUUCAUGGGUUAUCUUUGUAUAGACAUAUUUCAUUACUUUUUAGUUGCUGCAAAUAUUGUUUUUGUAAAAGCAUUGCAAUAAUUGAUAUUUACUGUAAAUUUACUUAGAAGUUUGCAUGUACACCAAAUGCUAUUUUUGCUUGAAUCUCACUCAAGUAAUGUACUAAGAAAUUUAGUAAUACAAACACUCAACAAUUGUUUUCUUCAAAUAUUCUCUGUAUUUUAAUAAAUACUCUGAAUUCUCAACAUAAAAUAUAAAC